UCUAGUUGGCUGGGGUGCUGCUGUUUUUGCAGUCAUGGCGUUUAGUUCUCAUUCUACUCGUCAAAGAAAAUGUCAUUGUGAAAAGGAUAAGAUUAAUCAAGGCAGCAUCCUUUACCAUAUCCUGAACCACGAGAGACAUCUACCCAGCUGCAGUUGUUCAUGUGAAUCGAAGGAGAAGGUAAUGCUGGAAUCACCUUAUGUAACCUGUAAAGCUGCUUCUGAAGUUCUCCUUAAAACUGUGAACUUCAUUAAAAAUUUGCCAUCUUUUCAUGGGUUGCUACAGCAGGAUCAAUUUCUGUUGCUAGAGAACUGCUGGGCUCCUCUCUUUGUGCUGGGCUUAGCUCAGGAAGGGGUGGAUUUUGAAGUGACUGAGCCAAAGACAAGCAUCUUAAAAGAGAUUUUGAUGAACCAAAAAAGUAGAAACUACCACGAGAAAAUGUGCAGCCAGUUAUCCGCAGCAGAAGUGCAGAAAGUAAAGUCUUUCCUAACAAAAUGCUGGAGCAUUGACAUCAGCACAAAGGAGUAUGUGUACUUAAAGGGGAUCAUUUUAUUCACUCCAGAUGUGUCAGGCCUUGGUUCCCCACAAUACAUCCUGUGUCUACAACAGGAAGCGGAACUUGCUCUUACUGACUACAUCCACUCUCUCCACCCUCAGGACAAAACUCGCUUCAGCCAGAUACUCUUUGCACUGACUUCCUUAAAAACUAUUAACGCACAUAUUAUCACUGAACUAUUUUUCCGACCACUGAUUGGAAAUGUCCAAAUGAAUGCUUUGCUAAUGGAAAUGUUGUAUGCAAGCUAA